UCGAAAGGAUAAUACCUUUUCGACACCCGUCCCCCGAGAAGACGAGAGUCGUUUAUCUAAGACGUCACACAAAGAGGAGAAUUACGUUCAGCGAGAGGAAGCGGAGGCGCAGGGGCGAGCCGGACGGAAACGAACCGACCGACGACGCACCCGGUGUCGGCGCGAUGCUGGCGACGUUCCAGCCCAGUUUACGCGUCGCGUCGCGUCGGCGGCGCGAACCGUUUCCAUCCGGAGGGUCCGGGCCGGGGGAAGGAGAGAGGCGGGCGGGCCGAGCGGGCCGCCGGCGGAAGGCGGCGGAGAGGGCGCCCGGACCGCCGGUUUAUUCCGGUGCGGGAUUCUUUUAUCGCAGUCGAAGCGGCGGUAGAACUCGGACCAUAAAUAGAACCGUAUUCCGGGAGUCGGUAUUUCCAAAUUAGGCAGGAAACUCGACUCUCGCCAGGAGAACUCCGUCGACCAAACGCGUACUUCUCCGAGGACGUUAACAUCGAGCCGUCGGGGUCCGAACUCGAUUCCCUGCCCCGACCGGAAGCAACUCGACGCACGAUUUCCGGAUGCGGCCCGUACUCCGGGGAUGCUGGAAGCGGUUAGGAGCGACGACCGCAGGGUGAGCGCGCCCAUGCCGGCGGGAGGAAGGGAAGCGGAAGAGCCGGACGGCACUCUGCUCCACUCCAUUCUCACCGAAGGACCCUCCGCCGUCUAUCGACCCCCGUCGGACGGAAGCGAUCCCUCCUCGCCCGCAGAUUUAGAGAACGGAAUCGAUUUCGGAUAUUCACAAAAAUUUUUCCACAUCGCCGACGGAAACCUGUACAGUGUCUUUUCUCCAUUGCAAGGUAGAAGCUACGGAGGAAAGCCCUCCUUCCUCAGGAAGCAGCAGUGCGUGGUCAGGGAGUCGCAGGGACGAGGAAGGAAGAACCCCAAGAGAGGACUCAAGUUCCACAACUUCCUGCCCUCCGAGAGCAUCACUUCGGAGAAGGAAGACAAGUCCCUCUCCGGAGAGGGAGAAAUCUGGAAGGUGCACGCCGAAUGUCGUCUGAGGGAAGAACACGGAACCAAACAAAUCAUGGUCUCCAAUUGGUCGGUUUCCGAAGGAAACGCCUCCGACCCUCGCCAUCCCGAAGAUCCCUCAGUUUCUCCUGCCGUGGAGGCACUUCGCGCCGUUCGGCUGGACAGGGGCCCCGGCCCCUCCUUUUCCUCCAAGGGAACCGAACUGAACGCAAUCGUGGACAGGCUGGGCUCCGCGCCCAGAUCGAUUCAUCCGACCGAACUUCGUCUUCGCCGACCCUGUCCUUCCCCCAAGAGUUCCUCGCGUGCCCACAAGUCGCCAGGCGGGUGCACCGCCCCCCGCGGCAGUCGCAGAAAACGGCGCAAGCCCCUGCGAACGCGCAAGGUGGUUCCCUAUCACCAAUACCUGUCCAUGUUAGAGGACGACCAGGCCGCACCGCUGGACCUGUCGCGUCGCUCUCUUUCGCCCUCCUCCGAAGACACCGAAGGUCCCGCGCCUUCCGAUUUACCGGACGGGGUCCCGCCGCCCGCUACCGCGUCGGAAGACAGCCAACGGCUUUCGGACUCCGCAGAACCCAUGGGAAGCUCCGUUUCGAUGGGCAUUGCCCAAAUUCCCGUUUAUCCGUGCCCGGUGCGCAUCUGCAUCCGACCCGUCCCCGUCACCGUCCCGGACUCGAGUCGAAGGGUGUCGGUGACGCCUCCCGAGACUCCGACGGGAGGGACCAAGACCCGAUCCACUCUCCCUUCGUCGCAGGGAUGGGAGACGGGGGUUCGGGCACCCGGGGAUGCGGAUGAUCGACGCGGAACGCCCCGACCCAAAGCCAGAUCCAAUCAAAGGACCAUCAUCCGGAAGAAGCUGGAAGACACUUUCCGUCAAAACGGGUUUCUGGUCAAGACCAAGCAGGUGUCAGACGGCGAGGCUACCUUCUGUAAGUUCCGCCAGCUGAAAAAGUACACCAGGUACUACCUGAAGAGCUGGCAGGACCAUCUUCCGGAGGAGGUGCACAAGCUGUGGAAGGGUUUCCUCCCGCCCAAAACCGCCAUUCCGGCCAACGGGGCCGGAAAGAGAGAGGAGUGCAAAGCAGUGGCGGAAUAGUCGCGUUUCCGCCUUUUCCGCGCAUGUUGUUCUUUCGCCCUCCGUCCGAAGAAGCGCCCGAAGGCGUUGCCUGUAAAUAAUUAUGUACAGUAUUUAUAUAAAAUAGGCGGAAUGGAGCUCCCGCCCGGUCUUUCCUCGCCCAUGGAGGAAUCACAUAAAAUAUUCCCGAUAGUGACGUAUUCAAAAGACGUGUACAGUAUUGUGAAAAGGACUGUUUGUUUUCGCGUUCGAUGUAUCGUUUACGCGUCGGCCUCCGUCUCGGUUUUGUCGUUCCGAAAAAUGUAUUUUUACAGUUUGAGCAGAAAUAGAAUAAAUGGAUCGUCGGAUUAAUUCGUCCGACCGUCCUACUUAUUAUUUUGUUUUUUGUUAAUAAUAAUAAUAAUGAAUUCGAACCGAAAACGGGCAAGGAUAAAGGAACGAUUUCCUUGUCGAAUCCACUGUUUUUAGUUAGAAGGAAUGUCGUCGGGAAUAUCCAGCGGUUCCCAAACUUACAACUAUGGACCCCUUCAAAAAUCAAGAAAUGUUUGAGGACCCUUAUGUAUAUGCAGUGUUUAUGUGUCUGUAUAUAUGUAGGCCUACAGUGUGAACACUACGUUUUCAGAAAUAAAAAUUUAUUGAACGAUUCGUACCCAAAUUAGUGUGGAAGGAAGCGACUUGUAGACAUGAGGUAAAGGCUAUGGGCUAGGUCGUAUACAUCAUACUGGAUAAAAUGAGAAGAUCCUCUUACCAAUACAGUAUUAACUUUGGUAAAUCAAAAUUGAAUCUGCAUAAUCCGAUUUACAAUAGACAAUUUGGAUCAGUCCUUUGCAUCUCUUGACCAUAAUUUUGUCCAUUACAUGCAUUUCCUAUAUACAACACGAAGGAACCACUCAACCAUAAUGUUAAGGAGAACUAAUGCUUCAUAAGGGCAUUAGUUCUCCUUACUGUGGCCAAUUCAGUAGUAAAGAUUAUUUUUCAAUUAGUGAAAUGUGUUUUGCUUAGAUGAAAACUACUUGUCUCAUUUACACAUUUAUGCUACAAGUUACUU